AAACCAUAUGAGAAGAUGACCCUUGCACAGUUGAAAGAAGCUGAGGAUGAAUUUGAUGAAGAAGACAUAAAAGCUAUUGAAAUAUAUAGAGAAAAACGGUUACAGGAAUGGAAAGCACUUAAGAAGAAACAAAAAUUUGGGGAAUUGAGAGAAAUUUCUGGAAAUCAGUAUGUGAAUGAAGUUACAAAUGCAGAAAAGGAUUUGUGGGUUGUAAUUCAUCUGUACAGAUCAAGCGUCCCCAUGUGCUCAUUGGUUAACCAGCAUCUUAGCCUCCUAGCAAGAAAGUUCCCAGAAACUAAAUUUCUUAAAGCCAUCGUGAAUAGCUGCAUUGAACACUACCAUGACAACUGUUUACCAACAAUUUUUGUUUAUAAAAAUGGUCAGAUAGAAGGCAAAUUCAUCGGAAUUAUAGAAUGUGGAGGGAUAAAUCUCAAGCUAGAAGAACUUGAAUGGAAACUAUCAGAAGUUGGUGCAAUACAGACUGACUUGGAAGAAAACCCCAAAAAAGGCAUUGCAGAUAUGAUGGUGUCUUCAAUUAGAAACAUUUCCAUUUAUGACAGUGACAGCUCCAACAGUGAUAAUGAUGCCAAGUAGAACAAGUUAAUAAAUAGCUUCAACGUAUAUGUAUUGAAUGCUUUAUUUUCUAUUGACUUUAUAUUCAGAUAAAAAUGUAUAGAACUUAUUUUUAUGUAAGAAUUAGAGCCUACAUGUCAAUUGAAAAAUUUUCAGGUGUUUAAGAAUAUUGUCUCUUGAAAAUAUGAACUUUUACUCCUUAGUAUUUUUCUGUGACUUACUUUUUUCUGAUGCCUGUUGAAGAAAACCAGCAAAUACCUUAAGUCUUUUGUGUUGCAUAAUCACUUCCAAAAAUACCCAUGGAAGAAAAUAAAUUUAACUUUAUAAAUAAAAUUAAUACAUUUUGUAUGUAUGCUUCCAUGUAUGUAUAGAUGUACAUGCCUACGAAUGUGCAUGUGGAGGUCAGAGAUUGAUUUGGGUAUCUUCCUUAAUGGUUCUCCUUCUUAAUUUCUGUGAUAGGAGCCCUCAUAGCAAAGCAGGACUGGCUGAGCAAGGAGCGCACUCCCUUGUCCUCAUCCUUGGGUCCUUGCAUUCUGCUUCCCAAUACUGCAUUGCUUUAACGUGGGUACUGAGGACCUGGACAAGGUUCACGUUUGAAGUUUACCUGAGAGCCACCUCUACAGACUCCUAAGUUGGUACAUUUUAGAGUCUAUUUUCUAGGAAAAUCUUAUCAAAGAAAUGGCUGCCUAGUUAUAGCCAUUUAAUUCUCUAACUCCUUAAGAAAUGGACGGAUUAGUUCUUGUUCGGGAUACCUCAAUCUUGGGAUGAAAGGAAGAGCCUUACUAUCAUAGAGUCCAGUGCAUCUCUUGCGCUAGCCGAUGCACGUAAGCAUGAGCAUCAGUUCUCCUUCCAUGGAAUCACGUCUAAAGCAUCUCCACAAUGUCGUCUUUUCCUUUUCAAUUUUAUUUGUUUUUAUCUCUGUUGGUGUUUUGCCUGCAUGUUACUCUGCACAUCACCCAUGCCUGGUGCUCAGAGAGGCCAGAAAGGGCAUCAAUCCCCUGGAAUUGGACUUACAGUGAGCUGCCAUGUUGGUGAUGAAAACUGAACCCAGGUCCUUUGAAAGAGCAGCCAGUGAUCUUAACCACUAACUGUUCCUCUAUCCCUCUUUCUUUCUUUUUUUAAUAAAAAAUAGUAGCUGUUCAUCUCUUUUUUAGUGUUGAAAUUAACAGUUAAAAUUAGCUAAAAUAAAAGGUAAACUUUUUGCAUGCAAAACCUAAGGUUCACGUUGAGUUUUUUUUUUUUUUUACCACUGAAUUUACCACUUCAUUGCAUAAAUAUACCACAUUUUAUUUAUCCAUUCUUCAGUUGAGGGGCAUCUAGGUUGUUUCCAGGUUCUGGCUGUUACAAAUAAUGUUGCUAUGAACAUAGUUGAACAAAUCUCCUUGUAGUAUGAUUGAGCAUCUUUUGGCUAUAUACCCAAGAGUGGUGUUGCUGGGUCCUGAGGUAGGUUGAUUCCCAAUUUUCUAAGAAACCACCAUACUGAUUUUCAUAGUGGUUAUACAAGUUUGCAUUCCCACCAGCAAUGAAGGAGUGUUCCCUUACUACACAUCCUCUCCAGCAUAAGCUAUUAUUGGUGUUUUUGAUCUUAGCCAUUUUGACUGGUAUGAGUCAUUUUGAUUUGCAUUCCUGAUGGCUAAGGAUGUUGAACAUUUCCUUAAGUGUCUUUCAACCAUUUGAGCUUCUUCUGUUGAGAAUUCUCUGUUUAGAUCUGUAUCCCAUUUUUAAAUUGGAUUAUUUGGAAUUUUGAUGUCUAAUUCCUUGAGUUCUUUAUAUAUUUUGGAGAUUAGUCCUUUGUCUGAUGUGGGGUUGGUGAAGAUCUUUUCUCAUUCAGUAGGCUGCCUUUUUGUCUUAAUGACUGUGUCCUUUGCUUUACAGAAGCUUCUCAGUUUCAGGAGGUCUCAUUUAUUUAUUUUUGCUCUGAGUGUCUGUGCUAUUGGUGUUAUAUUUCGGAAGUGGUCUCCUGUGCCCGUGCAUUGUUGGCUACUUCCCACUUUGUCUUCUAUCAGGUCCAGAAAUUUGCAUGCAAAUGGAUGAAACUAGAAAAAAAAAUCCUAAGUGAGGUAACCCAGACCCAGAAAGAUGAACAUGGUGUGUACUCAUUCAUAAGUGGAUACUAGCUGAAAAGCAAAGGAUUCUGAGCCUAUAGUCCAUGACUCUAGAGAAGCUAAGUAACAAGAUGAACCCUAAGAGAAAAAUAUAUAGAUCCGUCUGGGAAGGGGAAAUAGACAAGAUCUCCUGACAAAAUUGGGAGCAUGGGGGUGGGAGAAGAAGGGGGGCAGAAAGGGAGGAAGAAGGGAGAAGGGGGGAGGAGAACUUGAAGGAAUGGGAUAGUCGAGAUGGGGGAAGGACAGAGUUGAGAGCAAGGAAAGAGAUAUUUUGAUUGAGGGAGAUAUUAUGGGACUAGCAAGAAACCUGGCUCUAGAGAAAUUCCCAGGAAUCCACAAGGAUGACCCCAGCAAAGAUCCUAAGCAGUAGUGGAGAAGGUGCCCGAACUGGCCUUGUCCUGUAGUCAGACUGAUGACUACCUUAAAUGUCACCACAGAACCUUCAUCCAGCAACUGAUAGAAACAGAGACAGAGACCCACAGAAGAGCACUGGGCUGAGCUCCCAAAGUCCAGUCAAAUAUGAGAGGAGUGAGAAUAUGAGCAAAGAGGUCAAGACCAUGAUGGGUACACCCACUGAAACAGUCUACCUAAGCUAAUGGGAGCUCACCAACUCCAGCCAGACAGGGAAGGAACCAGCAUAGGACCAAACUAGACCCUCUGAAUGUGGGUGACAGGUGUAUGGCUGGGGCAGACUGGCAGUGGCACCAGGAUUUAUCCGUACUGUUUGUACUGGCUUUUUGGGAACCUUUUCUCUUUGCAUGGAUACCUUGCUCAGUCUAGAUAUAGUAAGGAGGGCCUUGGAUCUUCCCCAAAGCAAUGUGCCUUACCCUCUCUGAGGAGUGGAUGGGGGUGGGGGAGGAAGGUGGAGGGGAUGGAAGGAGGGGAAAGAGUGGAAACUGAGAUUGAUAUGUAAAAUGAAAAAAGAUAGUUUGUUUUCUUUUUUAAUAAAAUAAAAUAAUAAAAAGAUAAAAAUUUUCCUUCUUAACUCUGAUCCAUCCAGUAAUAAGGAUUUUUACACAGACACAGUUCUGAAGACUAACAUUUGUAAUAUACUAGAACAGGAUGAUUGUGUGUGAUUCCAGACUCUCCCUUCCACAAGAUGUACACACACAUUCUUCUAGCAGAGACUUAUGCUUAUGAUAUUACAAGCCUCUACCACGUCAUAAACACCUUUGUCUUCUCAGUAGCAUAUAGGUAUUUUUCAGUCUGUGAGAAAACUGAUAUGUCAUAUUCUUCACUAUACUGAAUGAUUUGAUAGGGCAGGAACUUGACAGUUUUUAAUUACCCAAUACUCAAUAAUUGUGACUUUAUUUUUAACUAUCCCUGACAACUGUGUGCUAUUGAAAUCUGCUCCUCUACUUAGAGAGUCUUAUUCAACUUUCCUCCUGUUGUUAUGGGCAUUUCCAAGAAACUUGUUAGAAGUACAUGAUCUCUGGCCCUAUUCAAACUAACUGGGCUGAAUUUUGACUUUCAUGAGAUGCCUAGGUGAUUGGCAUGUGCAUUGGAAUUUCAGGGCACUAUGCAGCAAGCCCCUUAAAGCUUGAGUGCGGUAACCUCUCCCCACACUGUGUUAUUAGAUCACCCAAGCUGAAACUCCAGCUUCAGUUCCAAGUCAGAACUGAAUUCAGGAACCCUAAAGAUGGAGGAGGUUGCUUUAAGAUAGGAUCUAGCUAUGUAGCAAAGACUGGUCUCAAAUGGGGUUGUGUUUUAGCCUGUUUUUUCCUUCUCUCCCUUUGUCUAUCUCCAAGAACUUAAAAUCCACAUUGCACCGAAAUACUUGUUCUUUAAUGUUGACCUCUAAAAACUGGGUCAACCUUUUAUGGCACGGUCUCAUGCUCAGUGUGGACACGGAUCAGGGUUAGCUCCAUUCCGCUGAUCUCUUAGUACUGUUCCCCCCUCACCCCCCAGAAGUAUUCCUAGGCUUCUUGCUGUUAGAACUUCCUUUUUCUGUAGGUGUCAAAAUGGUUCAAGCCCAGUCAGUCAAAUCACGAGAAAUAUCAUACCCUGGCCUUAUCAAAUGGUGGUGAUGUAUGCUUUGAUUUAGUUCAGCCCAUCUCUGGUCAGUGGUUUCUCUUUAAGUUUCUUUCUUCCUGUUUGGUAAGUAUUGAUGAUAUUGAUAAAUCUUGUUGGGACUAAUUGAUUCCUGGCCUUUAGCUGCUCUUACCUGCUAGAGCCUUCUAAUGGAAGUUACUAAAAGCUAUGCUUUGCUUAGAGGAUCAGAGGAUGGGAUUUUCACCUGUUGGCCAUUGACUGCAGGGUACUUAAGCCUCCAUGGUGCUAUUAAAGAAGGGCUUUUGUACCACUGAUUGGAGGCAGUGUGUUGGUCUGUCUCUGCGUGUGUUUCCUCAACCUCCAGCCCCUUGCCCGAAGCUUGCGAACUGGAUUCUAGCGCAUGGAGCGCAGACGGGUGGGGGGUGGGGGCGACGACGAUGACAGACAUGGUGCACGGCACCCUGGCAUUAUCAAAUGGUGGGGACAUAUGCUUUGAUUUAGUUCAGCCCAUUUCUGGUCAGUGGUUUCAAGUCUCUUUCUUCCUGUUUGGUAAGUAUUGAUAAUAUUGAUAAAUCUCCCUUUAAACUCUCAACAUUUAGAGACACCUUCAAUUUGACACUAUUAAAGCCUUUAGUCACUUAACAUGGGAGGAAAAAGGGAGUAAAGAAAAAGACAGCACUCAGUAGGAACUCAAGGAGAUGUGGCUUCAGGGGUAGACAUAGAUAUAGAGGUAAAGAACACAAGUCUGAGGGCAGCCUGGGCUACAUACAAACAUUGAGACUUCUCUUAAUAAGAGCCAAUAGCUGGAGAUGGAGUUGAGGGGCAGAGCGCUUUGAGCCUUAGCGCAAACACAUGCACGCGCGCGCGCACGCGCACACAUACGAAGGAAGAGGAGGCAACCACUGCAGCAACGUGGCUUCAGUGAAUGAUGCUCUCGGGUUGAGGCAGGGUUUCUCUGGAGCCUGUCCUGGAACUCGCUCUUGUAGACUAGGCUGGCCUCAAACUCACAGAGAUCUGUCUGCCUUCUGAGUGCUGAGAUUAAAGGCGUGCACCACCACUGCCUGGCGGGUACUUCUCUUUUUUUAAGUGCUGUGCGUGAGUGUGAAGUUAGAGAUGGCCAUGAAAGAUCCACUUUCCACUACUUUUGACCAUAGCUGAAGGGGCAGGUUUCGAGCAUCAGAUACUGGUAGUUAUUUAGGGAAUGAGAUACUAGACGCUCUGUUCCCUCCUUUGGACUUCACUUAGCAUCAUAAACUGGUGGCAGCAUCCUGUUACUGUGUGACACCUGACACACAGGUGGUAGCUUUCUUGUCACUGUCACGUCUUCUUA